AUGGUCCUCGGCUUCGAGCGCAUCAACGAGCGCACCCAACGCCCGAACGCGCACAUAAACUUCAUACGCACACUGCCCGGUCCGACAUCGUCCACGGCGGAAAACAUCCUGAACCGCGUCGCAGCAAUAUGUUAUCCCUUUAUGAAAUCGCAUAUGAUCCUUGUUCAGGCGCUUGAAGAAUUCCCAUACAACACCGAGUUUGUCGGCCGCAACUUUAACGCUGGCGAGGUCAUACAACUGGUGCUCAGGGACCGAAAUGGAAGAUGGCUGCCCCAGAGGAUGGUGGAGAUGGUCAUGGUACAUGAGCUUGCGCACUGCAAACAGAUGAAUCAUUCGAAGGCUUUCUGGAAGGUUCGAGAUGGCUACGCGGUGGAAUUGAGGGCGCUCUGGACAAAAGGGUACACUGGCGAAGGACUGUGGGGUAGGGGUAGAGAUCUGGAUACGGGAGCCUUACAAGCGAGCGAUGGCGAGGCUGUGGAUGUACCCGGGCAUCUAUGUGGUGGCACAUAUGGACGGAAGGGAAACAAGAGAAAGAGGGGUGGAAAGGAGAGGCCCCUGCUGAGCUAUGCGGAGAGGAAGCAACGAAGGAUACUGAAGAAGUUUGGGGCUGGAGGCCAGGCAUUGGGUGCCGAUGACGACACAAAAGUUAAGCUGGAGAAGGGCGCCCCAAAGAAAGGCAAGCCUAGGGUCGCUGGUAGCGCACGAGGACGAGAUCUCAGAGCUGCAGCGGCACUGGCACGUUUCGAGCCAGUCAAGAAGGAGGAAGAAGUCGUGAUAAAGAAAGAAGAACCGUCAUCGGAAAGCGAAACAGAAGACGAGUUUGUCGAAGGCGAUCAAGACGGCGCAGCGGUAGACGUAGAUGGCAAGAGCAUGUUCGACGACAAAGGCCGCGCCCUGGUCAAGAUCUGCGAGGACGAAGACGACAAAGAUGGCGAUGCAAGGAGGGAGAUGGACGAGAUACAAGGUUUCGCGCCGCAGCACAAACCAGCGAAGAAGACAGCGUCAUCGUCCAAGGCCUCGAGCAAGCCAUCAGCACCGAAGUCAACGAAAACUCAGUCUGCAUCAAAGACCGCCUCGCGAUCGACUGCCACCCCUCAAGCAUCAGCAGGGUCGGCCAACUCUCUUCCAAAGGUCUUCAAACCCCGUCCCAAACCGAACACGGCCGCCUCACAACCCCAGCCACCGCCGAGCUCUGCCUGUCCCAUAUGUUCCCUCGAGAACGAGGCCGGAGCAUUGACAUGCGUCGCUUGCGCAAAUGUAUUAAAGAAGGACUUUGUACCCGACCACUGGCGAUGCAAGAGCGCUGCUUGCGAGGGAAGCCAGUACAUCAACGCCGGGGACGCAGGUGCUUGUGGCGUCUGUGGGAUGACUCGGAAGAAAUGA